AUGCCGCGAACACGAGGAGGCGCGGACACGACGCCGACGAAGGAUCCUCCCGCGGCGAAGAAGACGCCCAACACGGCGAAGAAGACGCCCGCGGCGACGGCGAAGAAGGCGGACGCGAAAGUCGACGAUGUCGCCGAAGCGAAAGCGCCGCCGACGACGGAAUCCGCCUCGAAGCCGCCGAAAGCCGAGGGGAAGCGCAAGCCGAGGACGCCGAAAGGAAAUCGACCGGUGACCGCGAAAGCGCCCGCGGAGAAGGCGACAGAGCUCGCGACGCCCGGGGUGACGAAGAAGAAGAAGAAGAAGGUGAGGAAGCCGAAGACGCCGACGAGCGGCGGCGGUUCGAUGGCGCCGAAAUCCAGCGCGGGCGGGGACGGGAAGUGGAAGCCCGGAGACUGGGCGUGCGCGAAGUGCGGGAUGCACAACUUCCGCGGGAAAGACGCGUGCUUCCGCUGCAAGUACGCGCGCGCGAACUCGUUGAAAGCCGCGAGCGCGGAGAGCGCGAUGGCGUACCUCAAGAAGCGAGAGGAGGACGGCAGCGGCGCCGUCGGCGCCGCCGUCGACGCGGUGCAGCACCAGUGGCUGAUGAAACAUCACGGGAUGAACCUCGUGAACGACGCGUGUUUCGACGUGUACGUCCCGUACGUGAAGCAGCUGGACGACGCGCACAAGUGGCAGAUCCUUAAGGCGGCGCGGUUAGCGGUGACGAGGGCGCAGAGGUUGGUGGACGCGUUGGCCGACACGCCCGAGACGGCGGCGCCGACGAAGAAAAAAGAGCCCCCCCGCCGCGACGGCGGCGGCGGCGGGGGCGGGGGCGGGGACGGCUCGGCGAAGAAGAAGAAGAAGAAGAAGAAGAACAAGAGCGGCGGCGGCAACGGCGGCGGCGAUGAGGGGAAGGCGGGCACGCCGCAGGAGAAAUCGAAAAAGCGCGAAAGGGAGGAGGACGGCGGCGGGGACAAGAAGGAGCACAAGUCGAAAAAGGCGAAGAAGGCGAAGAAGGAGAAGCGCGACAAAAAGGACAAGAAGUGA